UGUCAGUGUUGUGAAAGGUGCCAGCUGAUGCACUUAUGAUACCCAGCACGUCUAUUAUACCCCUGUGCCAUGGCAAUAUAUGUGCUCUCCUCACUCCUCCUUGGGAUCUCAUGAGUGAACAAGAAGUUUUACUGGAGAGACAAUGUCGGAGUCGGACGCAGUUGUUGUGCGCCUCUCUCUUGCUCGCGUGGCAGUAGUUACUGUCUCCUUGCCCCUUGGAGCUUUCUUUCUUUGUAUAUAUCUGUCUUUACGGUUCAACUUUGAUCUAUCUACUGCUACCCACUGUGGUGUUCAAAACUACCUGCCAUCAAUAUCCUCAGCAAUUGGAGAAUUUGUUCCUCAACGGUACAUAUGGAGAGCUGCAAUUGCUGUUCACUCAGCUCCUCGGUUCCUUAUAGCCUCGAUGUAUUACUCUUUUAUGCAACGAAAUCUACCUAAUAUUCCCUUCUAUCAAAAUGCAGUGAAAGUCAACACAUUCCUAAACGUUGUAGAAAACAUCGCUCUUCUCGGUCUUUCAUUUGUCUCGUCCAAGGAGAACUAUGAUAUCCACAAGGUAUCAUUCAUCAUGUUCAUGGUGUGCAGUGAGGUAUACAUGUUGCUUACUUGCCUGCUACUUAAGGACCACACAAAAAGGCUUGGUUCUCUUGAACGACUUUCUUUUCGUAAAAAGAAACAACUGAUGACGGCUAACGUGGCAUGUUUCUUUGUUGCACUCUACUUCUUUUAUCGUCAUAAUACUUACUGUGAACCAGGAAUGUAUUCAGUGUUUGCCCUCAUGGAAUAUUUAGUGGUUCUUACCAACAUGGCGUUCCACAUGACAGCUUAUUAUGACUUCCACAACCAUGAACUUCUUGUUGGCGAGUGGAAGACAGCGAGCAGUUGACAAUCAGUGUGAGGAGCAAUGUAACUCAACUCUGAUCCACGACCAGCAUGGCCCACUAUAGGGCAAAACAACAGUAGUUAAGGAUUUUCAAUUGAAGUUGAUAUGAGCUCAUAUUUGUACAGUAUAGCAUUCAUGCAGAUCUCACAUUGGCUCUCUUCACCUUUGCUUAUAGAAUAAUCCCAUUCUCUAAUUUGUUGCAAUGUGCAAAAAAACAAAAAUUUCAGAUAUCACAAAUACUAAUGUAAUAUCACACUUCAAAUGAAAUUUUAGUUUAUUAACUUUGGUUGUAAUCCUUAACUACUUGAGGGAAGUGAGUAUGAAAGAUUGAAAGAUUUAAAUUGGCACUCUUCUCAAAUUCAGAUAUUUCAUUCAAUAAGCAUCAAUAUAAUAGACUCUUCCUAUAAUACUAAAAAUUAAUGUAAUUGUUAUUGUUUUCAUGUUAAAAUCUAAAUGAGGCAAGAUAAAAAAAAUCUUCAAUUAAAGAUACACUUGUCCUGAAAUAUUUUAAAGAAUAAGAUGAUCCUUCAUAAUAUAUGCAGGUGUAGAUAUUAGCAACCUCUCAGCUUCAAUAUUUUAGAGUUCAUUUUAGUGGUUGCAGCUUAAAAUUUAUUUGUUUUAAAGCACUUAUAUGCAAGGAUUUUUUUAGUUGCCAUUAACACCUCAGGAUGGGUUGCCUUGUAGUUUUGAGUUUGCCAGAGUAGAAGAGUAGUUAAUGCCUGAUUGUGCCAGAUGCUCACGUACUCUCUCUGACGUCCUAUAGGGGCUGUGUUUGGGAAGCUCAGCAGGAAGAAUUCUCAGCACAGUCAAAUACUCCGGUGUUAUUAAAAUUUAAGAAUUUUAAGCAGACAUUCCUUUAUAUUUAAAACUAAAAUAGAAAUGUUUGAGAAGUUUUGGUUAACUUCCUGCUCAGCUGUGGUUUGUGUAACCUUCAAACUCAAUAGUCCAUAGUGCUCAAAGUGUUGCUAGUUCAUCAUUCAAGUCCUGUUAUACAGUUAAACCAAAACAUUCAGUAAGAUGAUAAGUUUGUUUACUGUACAUGCAUAAUAUUUCAGACUAUGACAUAAGCAUGUAACAUUUUUAGGUUAUUAAUGUGUACAAUAAAUAGAUGCAAGGGCAAGAUAUUUGAGGCUAGAUAUUGUUAAAGGGGUUUCAAAAUAACCAGAUUAACACUAUUAGUGCACACAAUGUUUGGAGGACACUGAAGCAGGCAUUUUUUUUUAUUUAAUUUUUAAUAUUUUUUAUAAUUUGACAAUGUUCACUUUUAUUAGUGAAAGUCAUUAUGGGUGGGUGAUUGUAAGUAUUAAUGAGCAGCAUCAAGUAAAUGUGGGUGACUGUAUAUAUGGGUGAUUGUGUGAGUGACUAUAUGCAAAAAUGUAAGUAUGUGUGGAUGCAUGUAAAAAAGUGGGUAUGGAUGGGCGACUGAAAAAAACAACUUGAUACAUCAAAGCCAUCAGGAUCAGGUCCAUGACCCCCCCCCUCCCAGAUUAGCCCAAUGACCCACCCAGUCUGAUCAUCUCCACUCAAGGAUGUAGCACUGCACCAGACCCAGCAGCACAAGCUAGUCAGGUCCAACUCACACCCACCCACACCCACUCAUGUAUUUAUCUAACCUAUUUUUAAAACUACACAACGUUUUAGCCUGAAUAACUGUACUCGGGAGUUUAUUCCACUCAUUUCUUCAAUUUAAGUGUGUUGAAGAUGUAAAGUAAGCUGAGGCAUGAAUGAUAGUGACAGAAGAUUCCAUACAGGAGUUAACAGAUAGGUAUGACAGGGUUAAUCUGCAUCACUCAAUUGAAAAAGGCUGAACCAACAAGAUAGUUUUUGCCUCCCUGCAAACUCGGAUAGGUAAUUGAAAAUAGACAAAUAGGUCAUUACAGUGUGUUCUUUUUCUCCAGCAGGUUAAUGUUUCUGUACCAAGAUAGAAGAUAACUUCAUUUGUAUUAUUAACCCUGGAGGAUUAUUAACCCAGGAUAGCCAAGUAGUAUGACUGUAGCAUAAAUUUACAUCAGGUUGUAGUUGUCAGUCAUCAAUAUGUUUUGUAAAAAGGAUUAACUAAAUUAAGAAGUAGUGUGUGCAAGUAUACUUGUAGGGUGCAAGCCCACUUGUAGAGUGCAAGCCCACUUGUAGAGUGCAAGCCCACUUGUAGAGUGCAAGCCCACUUGUAGAGUGCAAGCCCAGUUGUAGAAUGCAAGCCCACUUGUAGAGUGCAAGCCCACUUGUAGAGUGCAAGUACACUUGUAGAGUGCAGGUGCAAUUGACCAAGGAUGAUAACUAAGAAUUUUGCAUAUACUGCUUCAGUUUCUCUCUUGAAUAAAGACACAUUACACAUUAAAGUUGAUCACAUUAAAACACAGUAUCUCAUAAUUUGGUACAAAUAAACCCAAAUGGAGAAAAGCAGUGUAUAAGAGGAGUACUUUAUAUUUCACCUACACACUGAGACCCUCUUCAGUGUGAGGAUAAAAUAUACAGUACCAUUCUCAUCCUCUGUUUUUUUUUAUUUUUCUUCAGGUUGGUUCAUUUAUGUCAUUGACAAAUGUUUAUUACACUCUUCUGUUUGGUGUGAUAGCGUAUUUUGCAUGGAUUUUCAAAAAGUUUAUUGAAGACUCUCCAAAAGGCUGCACUUUGACUAAGAUAACUUCAUUAAAGUUUUGUAUUGGAGCAUUUUGUUAUAUUAGUGUCCAUCGUCACUUGAGUUGAAGGUACACACUGUUGAGUUAUGUUAUUCCUCACAAGUCCAUACGGUAGGUUAAUUAAGGUAUGUUGCCAGUGAGCAAGAGCGAGUGGUGAUAGCUUAGCUACAUUGGCAACAUAAAUAUGGUACAGUAAGUCCUCAACUUGUGGACCCAUUGGGGACCUCCUGAAUUGUGUAUAAUAAUGAUAUAAUAAUAAUAUAUGCAAUAAUGAUAUUAUACACAACACAGAAGAUUCUCAAUGUGUUCAUAAGUAGAGGACUUACUGUACAUGUAUUUCACUAAAAACAUUUUGUGGAUAGAACUAUAAUAUUUGGUGAGAAAUGUUGUCUUAGAACAAGAUGUUACUUUUUAAUUUACAUUAUUAAGUCAUGUAUUUAGAGUUUAUUGUUUUGUCAGUUAAGAUUGCUUUCCACUUGUUGUCACGCCAGUACUGCACUCAACAGUUCUCACUUGUGAUAACGAGAGCCCGUUUUUACAGUAUGAUUGUUUUAUGGAGUGACAACAUUAAGGUAAUAUCAAAAUAAAACUUUGAAUUAUAUUGGGCACCAGCAACAUUUACUUACAUAAAUGUGAAUAUAUUAUAUAAUUUAGUUGGUUGUAGUAAAGUAACUACACUCUCUGUAUAUAUUUGGAACUUAAGUAUUAUUAGUAAUUUAUUAUUUUACCAAAGACACUGCAUCCAUACACUGCAGUAUUUAUCCUCUCAGAUUAAACAAAUAUGGGUUACAAAAUUUUUGUAGUGAAAAGUAAAUUUUUACAAGGACUUUUUUAUUCUUAAAACUAUUCUAGAUUCUUUUAAAUGUUUAAAUAAAUUUUGACAUUCAAGGUAUGGAAAAUUUGAAAUGUAAACCUUGGAUGAUUAGAAUUGGGACUGAGACGUAGUUACAGUAAUGUACUGACGCAGUGUUCUGUUGCAAUUCUAGUCUCUUUUUUUUUUUUAUAAUUCAUCUUAAAUAUAGCUUCCAUAAAUUUCAUAAUAGAGGCAAUCACCAACAGCUUGACUUGUGAAACCAGGCCACUAUUGUUAGGUAAGACACAUAUGCAACAGUUAGGUAUCUUUAUUUCGAAACGUUUCGCCUACACAGUAGGCUUCUUCAGUCGAGUACAGAAAAGUUGAUAGAAGCAGAAGAGACUUGAAGAC